AGUUUAAAAACUUUUAACUUGCACAUUAAAGGUCUCGUUUUCUUUUUGCUUUAAAAACCGCGACUUAAUUUUGUAACAAAUGGCCCCGUUUGUUAUUUUUAUUUCAGGUUUGUUGUUGAAAUUAAACGAAAGAUUGAAAGUAAAUGUUCUGUACAUAUGUGGAUAUAUGAACAAUGUAAAUUGUCUAAUCAUACGUGGACUUGCACAAAGAGUGCGUGUUUGUGUGUUUGCGCGCGUGUAUGUAUGAAAACUUUCGUCAUGACGUAGCUAAUAAAGUCAGUCUCCUUACGAUGAUCGAGUAUGUAUUCAUUUAUCGGAUAUCGUUUUACUGGAUGUCUGUCUGGAUCUAUGUGACAGUGGUGAUUUCAUUCUUAUCUCGAGCUUCAUAUGAGAAAAAAGUGUGGAGGUUGAUUUCGUUAGAAGUGUAAUAAAAGUAGUUUGUAAAAGUGAUUUAACCUGCAAUUUGUUCCUCAAGAAUCAUUAAAUUAGGAAGGCAGGGGGAAACAAGUUCCGGCUGAAUAUUGUCAUCUAUAAAAUGUAAACGCACUCAAAGCGUCGUCUAAAUAAAGAAAAAUAACUCUCCAAGAUUUAAUUCAGAAUUUUCAGGAGCUCAGCUCUCUGACCGUGCACAACCAAGCACAUACACAAAGAACAGAAGACGCGCACACUGGCCACGGUAUGGGAAUAAACAUAAACUAAAUAACUGAACAGAGACAAGUGCCAAAUAGUUUAGGAAAUUGGAGUACAGCUGCAAAACUGACUUUUUUACGCAUACGUGUAUCCCUAGUGUGAAAUAUUGCAGGCUAACUCUGCAGAAAGUUCGUAACUUAAAUCUGAACUGAAAAAAAGGCACCACCCAGUUGACUGCCAUCCCUGUCGGCACGAAAUAUGAGUGACAACCCAAAAUCCUCACUCCUUUUUUAUAUUAAAAUUAUUAUCGGAUGUGGGUAGGGGGCACGCAAGCUGUCAGAUAAUAUGUUCUGCGAAUAGAUUUCGAUGGGAGGAGUUUCUUGCCUCAGGGGAGUAGGUAGACGAAAACACCUUCAGCAUCUUUUCCCUGGCGCGCGUUAAUGUGGAGACGCAGCCCUUUGGUGAGGCGAGAGGACGGGGGAGCAGUCCAGCGCCGGAGCUUUGCACUAAUAUGGGAUUUCACGGCAUGGAUGUGGGACGCUCUGUGAACUUACGCACACUUCUUUGACCUCUUGGGUAGCACAUCGCUCAGAAGCUGAACUCAGUCUCAAGGGGGUUCCACAUUAUUUUCUCUUAACUGGACUCGAAUGAAAAGAUGCCAAUCAUGGGGAAAGAGACGGCCAGCGACCGAGGCAGCCAAGUGUUGCCAAAGGUCCCUGUGCCCCCACUGAAACAAACCCUCGACACAUACUUGAAGUGUGUCCAGCACCUGGUGAAGGAGGAGCAGUUCAAGAAAACCAAGGCCAUCGUGGAAAGGUUUGGGGCUCCUGGAGGUGUUGGAGAGGUUCUCCAAAAGAAGCUUUUAGAGAGGAGGGACAAGAUGACCAACUGGGUGUAUGACUACUGGCUGGAAGACAUGUACUUGAACAACAGGUUGGCCCUACCAGUCAACUCAAGUCCUGCCAUGGUGUUUCCUAAGCAGAUGUUUAAAGAUCAUAGAGACGCCCUCAGAUUUGCUGCUCGUCUCAUCAGAGGAGUGUUGGACUACAAGGCUCUCGUUGAUGCGCGAGCGCUACCAGUGGAUUUUGCUCGAGGCCAGUUAGCAGGGACUCCUCUGUGCAUGGAGCAGUACUACCACCUCUUCACAUCAUACCGCUACCCAGGGCUAAAGACAGACACGCUGAAAGUCCAGAUGAAUGCAGCCUCCUCUGCGCCAGAGCAUAUCAUCGUGGCGUGCAAAAACCAGUUUUUCGUGUUGGAUGUAGUCGCAAACAGCAAGCAGCUCAAUGAGCUGGAGAUCGUAUCCCAGCUGGAGAAAAUCCUGAAAAUGUCAGAAAACGCUGAAGAGAGACUGCCUCCUUUUGGUAUCCUGACGUCUGAUGGGAGAACAGAAUGGGCACAAGCCAGAGAGGCAUUAACAAAAGAUCAAACCAACAGGGGCUCUCUGGCCCUGAUUGAGAGCUGUAUUUGUGUGGUGUGUCUGGACGAACCCAGCGGCCUGCAGCCCAGUGAUAACAACAGGGCCCUGCUGAUGCUGCAUGGUGGCGGCCGUGAGAAGAACGGAGCAAACCGCUGGUAUGACAAGUCAAUGCAGUUUGUUGUAGGAAUGGAUGGGAUAUGUGGAGUGGUGUGUGAGCAUUCGCCAUUCGAGGGAAUCGUUCUGGUGCAGUGCUCUGAACACCUGAUGAAAUACAUAACAGGGAGUCCAUCCAAGAUAGUGAGGGCAUCCAGCAUCAGAGAGCUCCCCCCUCCAAGAAGACUGCUCUGGAAAUACAACCCACACAUCCAAGGACUCCUAGAGGCAUCCAGAGAAAGGCUCAAGAGACUGGUGAACAAUCUUGAUAUGGAUGUUUUCAAGUUUAAAGCUUAUGGAAAGGAAUUCAUCAAAAAUCAGAAGAUGAGUCCAGAUGCAUUUAUACAAGUUGCUUUACAACUUGCAUUUUACAAAUGCAAUAAAAGGCUUGUGUCCACCUAUGAGAGCGCGUCCAUUCGCCGUUUCCAAGAUGGUCGGGUAGAUAACAUUCGCUCUGCCACCCUGGAGGCCCUGGCUUUCGUACAGUCCAUGACAGAUGAGAGGGCCGCAUUCACUGAUUCAGAAAAAAUGAAACGACUCAGAGCUGCUAUUGAUGUCCAGACAAAUUAUACAGUUGCAGCUAUUACAGGAAUGGCAAUAGACAAUCAUCUCCUCGGGCUCCUGAGGAUCGCAAAGGAGCUCAACAUGGAAAAGCCAGAGAUAUUCUGUGAUGAGACGUAUCUGGCCAGUAACCACUUCAUCCUCUCUACCAGUCAGACUGUGCCCUCCUCUCUCCAGGUCCCUACUACAGUGGAAAUGUUCUGUUGCUAUGGCCCGGUGGUGCCCAACGGCUACGGCGUCUGUUACAACCCACAGUCAGACCACAUCAUCUUCUGUGUAUCUAGUUUCUGGGAAAACACGAAGACAAGCUCGGCCGUUUUUGUCAAAGCCCUGAAGGAGGGCCUGCUGGAAAUUUGGGACCUGUGCAAUAGAAGUAGUGCUGCAGCUACCAAAGUGGCUGACAGCAGCCAGGAAGCCAGCCAGCCUCAUAAGUCAGGGAAGUAAGCCAUACUGACAAAGCACACCCAUUCAGCUGCUCCACUCAUCACAUUUAAACUUUAGAUUUAGACUCCGUUGAGAUGCCUUCAUGUGUCUUUGUCUGUGCAGCAGUGUUACUUUCACAACAAAAUUAACAGCCCUUUUACAGUUCAUAUGUAACUAUAUAGUUAUGUGCAGUAAAUAUAAAAAAUGUGGAAGAAAACUGGAAAAUGAUUUUUAUUUUGGAUCUGUGUGGACAUCAGAAUGAUUUUUGGUUCCAGCACUGACCCUGUUUGACUCGGUAGACAGAUUAAAUGGUCUGCUGCCUUUAGGAAACUGAAGCCAUGCCCACUUUGUAGCACUGAUGUGAGGGGCAACUCCUCUGUCAGAGAGCAAAUGAACUAAAUGAUCCUGGCGUACAAUAUAGCUCACACACAGAGUAGUACCACAAUAGACAUGACAGGAUUAGAGUAUAUUAGACUAAAUGUAUACUAUAUUUAAGUGACUUCCGACAGUCAUUCAGUGCUGGUCAUGAUGUGGUUCUGCCAACCAUUUCAAUUUGCGAGCCAUUACGAUAACAAAAUACUGGGUCAGUCAUUGUUAAUAAGAUCAAUUUUAAUGUGCCAAAGUUAUUUUACUCUUGUAUUGUGUGUACAUUUUAGAUUCCUAUGGCACCAUAAGGUUGCCAAAGAGGUGGUGCAUAUGUGACAUCUCUCUAAUGAGGAACUUCACAGUAUAUAAAUAUCUUAAUAUUGUGAAUUAAUAACUGUAAAUAUACAUAGAUGACUAUAAUUUGUGUAGAGGGGGAAAAAAAAGUGAUGUGUGGUUUCAGCGGCACAUUUGAAGUAGUCUAGUUGUAAUGUAUGUGUGCUCUGUUUUACAGCAAUAGUUAACAAGUAUAAAGUGUAAUGAACAAAUCAAUUUUAUAAACAAGAUAAACUAGUGGUGACUGAGGCAACCCACUGUGUUCAUGUGUAUACGAGUGCUUAGCUGCACUUGGAGGGUAGUGAUGCAUUGUCCUGCUGUAGGUAUUUUGUGCAUAACGCUAUAACAAUUGAAAUGAGAGCAUAUGUGCAGUUUAUUCAAGUUCAUUUAUUUGUUGCAUAGAGCUUGUGUAAUAUGAACUUGUUAUUUUUGAUAUUCAGAAAAACUGGAGUAACAUUAGAAUGAAUUAUGGGACUCUACAUCAUGCAUGUUGCUUUGGUCAAAAAUAUCACUGUACAGUGCCUCAGAUUUCUCUACAAAUGUAUAUUUUGGGUCUUGUGUUCAUGCUACAGCAAAUCAGUGGCCCAAAGCAGUGAAAAUAAGGAUAUUUGUUGUCUUGUGUCCAGAUGACAGUUUGUUAUGUAUUUGUCUAUCAGUCAUAGAAGUGAAGCUUGUCAAGAAAAGACAAACGGCUGCAUGUUUAUCUUUACAUAGCAACUAUAGUUUUAUAUCUCCACAUACAAAGCCUAUAAAACGACAAAGCAAAUUAUUAUUAGCAAAGGGUACACGUAAAAUAAGAUGCAAACUAUUUUCUUGCCAGAUGUAUUGUCUUAUUUCUGAUCUUACUUUGAAAUGCUUCUAUAAGUUCUCUCAGCUGACUGACAAGUAUAAGAUUUUAAUGUUUCUCGUUAUUUGGUGCAUUUUUUUCUUUGAGACAUUCAUGAAAAGCAGCUAAUAAUCCCUGAAAGUAAAUCGGGCUCUACUAUUGUACUACAGCAAAGUAUUAAUGUGACCUGAUAAAUUAAUGUGACACUCAUCCAUGACAACAUUUUUGUGAAUGGCAACUAAUGUGUAAUAUAUCAUUAACACAGAGAAUUCUAUAAAGUCAUUAUUCAAUGAAUAUUCAAAUGAAAAUUAACAUCUGAAAUUAAAUGAACUAUUGUAUCUAAUAUUGAGUGUUUUCUGUUAAAUUUGAAGUGAAGGGUGGGUCAUUUUUCCUUAAUAUGUCAUUCUCAGAUUAGUUUGACAUGGUAGAAAUGAGGUAAGAUUAAAAAUCAUGCGAUGCAUCUUAGUGUUUAAUCAGUUUGUAGUGAUUUGGUAUAUUGACCCUCAGUCAAAAACAAUCAUACAUGAAAUAGCUUACUAAUGUUGGAAACAAAUGUACUUACUUUGAUUUGUUUUUAAAACAUAAUGCUAAGCUAACAUGGCUGCAAAGUAAAGUCUAGCUGUGAUGAUAAGCCUUAAGUACAACUAUAAUUGCAAAAACAACUGGACUCAUUUGCACAGAGAUGUCUGUUUGUUGCAUGACCACUUCACUAACACACUCCCAACAGAUGGCCUUGUUCCGCCGGCAUCUGAUGAAAUCUUCAGGGAGAUACCCAAAUUUAAUUCUCCAUUGGUUAAACCACUGAACCAAGUCGACCAAGUGCCCAGCAUUAAACAUUUAGUCAAGCUUCCAUGAACUGGUCCAAUGAAAUCUGGAAUACAAACUGGGCAGAAAAGAAAUAACACAAGCUCAUAUAGAUUAACAGUUCAGUGUGUUAUUGGUAACAAGCGCAACACUGUCCAGUUCCAACAUAUUGCUCAUCACCAUCUCUGUAUUCAGUAGCUGAGUGUUGCUGCUGAACUAAAAGGUAACAAAAUUUGCAUAAACACAUUUUGCAUUAAAGCACGUGACUUGAGCAAAUUCAUUUGUAAGUAAACAUAAGACAACACCUACAUGCUUGCAGUUAUACGCUCAACAUAUACAGUAAGCAUGCAGCAGACUCCAUUUCAUUUCAUACAGCUGUAGGGGCCAGCAAGCUAGGCAAAGAGGACCAAGUCAAAAAUGAGACAUCCCAACCCCCUUGGCCACAUCUUCAAGCACAGCCUGGAAGAUCCAAGCCCUUCCCGGGGCAAAUGUGAAAUACCUGCCCUGUAUGUCCUGGGGCUAACCCAGGGCAUCUUUUCAUUUGGACAUACCCUGAAAAUGUCCACAAGAAAAUGUCUAAUCCUCAUCAGAUAUCCGACACAAACGGCUACGUUCAAUUCACAGGUUAGGAAGGCAUUCGUAGUGCUUCAAGAGACUUGUGUCAAGAAUGAAAAUGGAGACCAGAGAGAGAUGUUAAAAUCCUGGUUUCUUUCUCACCUUCACACAGCAGGCCAGUCAUGGCGUGAAGUGGUGUAAAUGUCAGAUCGU